GAUAAAUCGUGACGUCAUUUUAUAUUAUGAUGUUCCCGAAGCAAGAAUUGGUGUAUUUGACAAUGCAUAAAAAUCUGUACAAAUUAUUUUGUCGGCCUUCCUAUUCGACUUUUUCGAAUGAAAUCAACCAAGACCCGAUUUCACCUAGAUAUUCUAGGUUUCGAAGGCCGUCUCGUUUCCCGAAUAUGUUAUCGCUCUCCCGCAAGCUUUACAUCGGACCUCCAGUAGUAUUCAGCAGGCGCUUAUCUACAAAAAAUAGCGAAACUGUUGGUUGGGCGGAAUGGGAAGGAGUUCUGAAGAGAUUCGUACCCAUCGGGGUGUGCCUUAUUGCAGUUAUGCAAUGGCGGGCGCUGAGGAGGAGAGUGAAAGAGGGGGCGAUCGCAAAACAGUGGGAGAUAAACUUCUAUUGCUUUCUGCCUCUGAGGACAGUUAGCAGAUGUUGGGGUGCGAUUGCAGAUAAACAAGUGCCAGAGAAGUUAAGACCUCUCGUUUAUAAGACAUACGCUAAUGCCUUUGGCGUAAACAUAUCUGAAGCUGAGACUCAGGAUUUAAAAUCAUAUCCGAGUCUCUCAGACUUCUUCGUCCGGCCCCUCCGAAAGGGUGCCCGGACCAUAGACGAAAAGAGUUGCCUCGUGUCACCAUGUGAUGGAACAGUAUUAACCGUCGGUAUGGUGAAUAACGGGCAAAUUGAACAAGUAAAAGGGGUCACCUAUUACGUGCAGGACUUCCUGGGUGAAAAGGUAGAAAAUGUAAAUAAUAUUAAUCAUAGAUUCUUGCAUCAACCGCAUCAGGGCAAUACGCUGUACCAGUGCGUCAUCUAUUUGGCACCCGGCGAUUAUCACAGAUUUCAUUCGCCCACUGAUUGGAGACCGACGCACCGGAGGCAUUUUUCCGGCGAACUUUUAUCUGUCAACCCACGCAUCGCCAAAUGGCUGCCUGGCUUGUUCGUUCUAAACGAACGGGCUGUCUACCUUGGUCAAUGGGAACACGGAUUCUUUUCAUACACAGCCGUUGGUGCCACCAACGUAGGGUCAAUCAGGGUCGUCUUUGACAAAACCCUUCACACGAAUCAAAAGCGAAAGACUCACAAAUUCAAGGAAGUGUGUCUAGGAAGCUGGGUAAAUCUCAAAAAGGGAGACUUAAUCGGCGAAUUCCGCAUGGGUUCGACCGUCGUAGUUAUAUUCGAAGCCCCGAAGAAAUUCAAAUUCGAUAUUUCUCCCGGGAGUCGAGUGAAGCUGGGCCAGAGCCUUGGUUGCCUUAACGAAGAAAAAAUCUUAGGUAGAUUAGAAAACAAACACACCCUUAGACACGGUCAUUGAACAAUUGUUAAGUAUUAUAAUCCAAUUGUGAUAUAUUUUUAAUAAAUAUUUAUACAG